AUCAUUUUUUAAACAUACGUUUAUAAUUUGUGAAAUUUACUAUACAUACAAACAAAACAUUUUUAUCGAAUGGUAAUAUUAUAAAGAAACAAUAAGUACGUAACUAAAAUAAUGAAUUUCUUUAGAAAGGAACCUACUGUCAAAGAACAACAAAGACAAAAUGAGAGAGAACUUAGAAAAGCUGCUAGAGACUUGGACAGAGAUAAGAACGCCCUUGUUAGAGAAGAGAAAAAAUUAAUAUCAAAUGUUCAGCUACACAACAAAACAAUGGGUGCUAAUAUAGCUAUUGCUGGAGCUAUGGGAACAACGGCUAAAACAAUGGGUAGCAUGAACAAAGUUAUGAACCCACAACAAAUAGCAAAAGACAUGGAGGCAUUUAGGCAAGCAAGUGCAAAGAUGGAUAUGACAGAUGAUAUGAUUGCAGAUACACUAGAUGACAUCAUGGACGAGUCAGGCGAUGAACAAGAGACCGAGGGCAUUGUGAAUCAAGUGCUUGAUGAGAUCGGCAUCGAGAUCAGUGGAAAGGAGCAAGAACAGCGCGAUUUACUCUCGUCUCAAGACGGUGAUACCUGUGAGAUCCACGACCAGUUCUACAGAGACCACAAGCUUUUGCUAGUUCUCUUCCGAGCGCUUGCCGUCAUGCCUAUCACAAGAUCGCGUCCUGGUAUGAUCACAUUCAGCUGGAGGUCCUCUGCUACCGCAUAUGCUAUUUGCUUCUACAUCGCUACUACAAUCAUAGUUCUGUUCGUUGGAUACGAGCGUAUCAUGAUAUUACGCUCCAUCAGAAAGUUUGACGACUACAUUUACGCUAUCAUCUUUGUUCUUUUCCUUGUGCCCCAUUUCUGGAUUCCAUUCGUUGGCUGGGGUGUGGCACCUCAGGUUGCUAUCUAUAAAACAAACUGGGGUAAAUUUCAGGUCCGCUAUUACAGGGUAACAGGUGAAAACUUGAAAUUCCCCAACUUGAAAACUUCAAUUGUCAUCAUAAGCAUUGGCUGUCUUUUGCUUGCUGUGUGCUUUCUGUUGAGUUUGUGCGCAUUGUUGGAUGGCUUCCCGUUGAGGCACACUGCCGCUUACUUCCACAUCGUCACGAUGAUCAAUAUGAACUGUGCUUUGUGGUACAUCAACUGCCAAGCUAUUAAGAUCGCGUCACAAAGCCUUUCGGAGUGCUUUCGUAAGGAUGUCAAAAUAGAAUGUUCAGCUAAAUUGAUAUCCCGCUACCGAUACUUAUGGCUGAAUUUAUCGGAGCAACUUCAAUUGCUUGGCAAUGCGUACGCUCGCACAUACUCCACUUAUUGUUUAUUUAUGUUCACGAACAUUACUGUUGCUGUGUAUGGCGCCCUAUCGGAAAUCGUGGACCAUGGGUUCGGGUUCAGCUUCAAGGAGAUGGGGUUGUUUGUGGCAGAUGGCGUUAAAGAUACUCUUUUAAAUAUUGAUAUUUUAGCCGUAGACAUACCUACGCAGAAAGAGAUCGAUCAUUUCAUUCAGGCUAUAGAGAUGAAUCCAGCUGUAGUGAGUCUUAAGGGAUACGCUGAUGUCAACAGGGAGCUUCUGACAUCUGUGCGUAUAUCGAAUCUGUAUUAG